AUGCAAAACACAACGCGCAGAGAAAAAAACUUCCAACGCUGCUCUUCGGUUUUGUCGGGAUAUCUAGUUCCUAUACUGUCGCUGGUGCUGUAACAAUGGAUACAAAAUAGCCAGUUCAGUGUUCACGUUUUGUUAAUUGCAAAUAUUCAUAAAACAUUGUCGUGUCUCUUCUCAUCCCGGAUCCAGGUCUAAUUCCCCGUGUCUUCAGUGUCCACGUCACAAAAUAACCAUGGGUGGGUUGGGAAACGGACGUCGUGGAGGACGAUCACCCCCUCUCCUGAUUGGUGCUCUGAUUGCCUGUAUCCUGGUUCUCGGAUUUAACUACUGGGUCUCAAGCUCCCGCAACCUGGAGCUACAGACAAAGCUGUAUGAGUUGGAGGGUCAGGUACGGAGGGGAGCAGCAGAGCGAGGAGACGCAGAGCUGAAGAAGACCGAGUUCCAGGAGGAGAUCCAGAAACUGAAGGAGCAGAUCAUCCACAUUGAAAGUUUCUACAAGAGUCAAAUGGAAGCAGCUGGGGACACUUGUGUGAAAGAUAAGGCCAUAAUUCAGCAGAACAUUUCAUCCUCUGCAAAAUCCACGCAAGAACUCAGAGCUACAUUGAACCAGCUCAAUGACAACCUGGCGAAGCAGGAGAAGGACCUGCAGAGUUGUCAAGGCAACAUCAAUGCCCUGAACACCAAACACACAAAUGAAAUGACAACCUGUCACUCUCAGAUCCUGUCUCAAAAGGAGCUGUGUGAUGAAAAAGUGGAGGCUGUUAAACUUGAAAUUAAGAAAAAGAUGGAGAAGCUUAACCCUGCCCCCAGUGGUCUUUCAGUGGAUAACUCUAAAGCUGGAGCAGCAAAAGAAAGGGAACCUGUAAAUGCUGAAGAACCAGCACAGAUAAAAACUGCUGUCAACCAGAACUCAAGCCUUUCUAAGCCCACAGAAAAUAAAGUGUCUCAUCUGCUGACUAAUGACAUCAUAGUAGACAAUGCCCCUGAUGCCCCAGUGUACCACUCACCUAUGAAUCUACCUAAGGAAGUCGGUAAAAAGGAGUCUCCCUCUGCUGCUGCUGCCAAGCAGGACACGAUGCGACCACCAGAUGGCCCUGUGAAAACACAAGUGGGUGAGACAAAAACUGACAAAGAUGUAAAGAACAACCUGAGUGAAAUUAACGCUGUGGGGGUGAUGGAUGUUCACGAAGAGGAGGAGCAAACAGAAGACCUUGGUGUGGGACCCAUGCUGGAUAACCAGGGGAAGGCCCAUGAAAAUCCUGUUAAUCAGAAAUUGGAGGAACCGGAUGAUUAUGAUGCAGUGAAACAAAUAGUGGAAGAAGAAGAAGUGGACAAAAUGCCGGGAAAUAAAAUGGCUGAAAAUAUAGACCUGGAUAUGGAGGAGGAACUGGCCGACUACAAUGGAGAUGAUGAGAAUGAAGGGGAGUUUGAAGCAGACAAACAAGCAGAGCUGGCACAGAAAUGAGGUUGUGCUCAUGACCUUCACCAACAUCGUAACAAAUAAAUGAGUGGCAUCUGACGAACACGGGUGGAUUUAGAUGCAGAACAUGUUUAACACUCCAACACCUGGGAUCCACACAGGUCACUGCAGAAGUGGAAACAUACUAAACAAGAAAUAAAUCACUGUCCAUUUUUUUGUUCUAUCCAGGAUUUGGUUGAUAAGUUGUCUUCUGUCAUCUGAAUCAAGUCUGCCUACAUGAUAUUCCUAACUACAUCUAAAACACUCAUUUGCAGCAAUUGUAACUGGUUAUGAUCAAUAGCCACCACCAAUGGGCAACAAUGCUAAUUUGCCUCCAUUUUGAGGUGCUUCCAUUCUCUCAUCAUUUUUUUAUUGUCAACUAUUUUGAGGAGGUUAAUUUUUGUCAUUUAUGUGCAUUCACAUAUAUAAAUAUUUAUAGAGUCUAUUAAGUCAAUGGGAGUGUGUUAAAAGUAAAAUAAAAGUAUAAUAGUUCUAGAUUUGUUUUCUUUAUUUAACAAUAAGUAAAUUGGUUUUAUAUUCGUUGUUCAUGUUUACUCUGUGACUUAUAGGGUAAAGAGAUUAGUUGAAAAUUACACGGACUGAUCCUAGUGACUGGAUGAUAUGAAUGACCUCUGCCUUUCGCUCAGCGGCACAGCAGUAGAUGGAACAAUGCCUUAAAAGCAUGUUAUCAAUGAAGGAAGUGUAUUGAUACCCAUGCUCAUUGUUAUUCCUGAAAACAAUGUUAUUCUGUUUACUGUAGAUCAAAAGGUUUGGACUGGCCAAAGUAAAUACCACAUUUUACAAAUUACAGACCAUUAUCUAUGAAACUAUUUAAACGUGUGCUCAACUGCUUUUAGGCUUUACUUCAAAUCGUUUUCAAACAUGCUAGGUUUAGUUUAGUUGCUACAAACUAUGAAACAAUGAACUUUUUUUUCUGAUCAAACUUCAUUUGAUAUAUAUACUUAAUACUAUAAAAGGCUGUAUCAAAAAGGGUUUUCUCAAAAUAAAAAAAUACUGUUGCCCACCUGGUU